CUUUCUCUAGGUCAGUCCGUAAUCAAUAGUCGUACGAUGAAGUUCUGCGCACCCAUUUUACUUGCGAUCGCUUUGAUCAUACCCAACUCGCUCGCAGACGAGCCAAUCUCCAAGGAGCAAAAGGUGAAAAUUGCGCAAACUUGCUUCAAGCUGCUGCGCACUUCGGCGGAAGUUCGUGAGCGGUUCUCCAGAAUGCAGUUCAGUGACGACGAUGGACAGGAUAUGACCUGUAUGAUCCGGUGUGGUGGGAUUGUGUCCGGAAUGUACGACGAUGAAGCUGGGUGGAAUUUGGAUAUGGCAGUGAGGCAGGCCCAAGGGAAGACUGGUGUCGAGCAGUACAGGGAAGCGUUUGGAAGAUGUGCUGGAGAGGUUCAGCCGGAGCAGUACGGGGAAGAUUAUUGUAGGAAGAGUUAUUUGCAGUUUCGAUGUGGAAUGAGGGCGUGGAAGGAUCAUAUCAAAGAUUAAGGUUUGAAUAAAAAAUAAAACUUAAAUGGUUUGAAAAUUUUA